AUGGAACCCCGCCUGCUGCUCAUGCUCAUCGCUUUUGUCCUGUGCGUGAGGCCCAAGGAAGCGAAGGUCAACUCCCUGGCCAUCCAGUUCAGCUCUCCGGGGGACUUUGUGAUCGGCGGAUUGUUUGCGUUUCACUCCAAGGUGCGGUACAAUACCCAGCCGCAGAGUCCCACGUGUCACAGCUUCUACGCACACGGCUACCAAAGGUACCUUGGCAUGCGCUUCGCCAUUGAGCAAAUCAACAACUCCACCUCCCUGCUGCCCGGCGUGAAGCUUGGCUAUGAAAUCCACAAUACCUGCAAUAAUGUGGUCGUCGCUACUGAACCAGCGGUUGGCUUCCUUUCCAAAUACCCUGGUGACAGCGGCCUCGAAGUCCAGUGCAAUUAUUCCGACUACAAGCCGCGCAUUGUUGCCGUUGUGGGUCCAGACAGUUCGGAACUGAGUGUGGUGCUGUCCCGGCUAUUGAAUUUUCUUUCCAUCCCUGAGAUCAGCCAUGCAAGCACCAGUGAUAACCUGAGCGACAGAGGACUGUAUCCCUCCUUUUUCCGCACAGUCCCCAGCAACAAGAACCAAGCUGAAGCCAUCGUCCAACUCUUGCGAAAAUUCCACUGGAACUGGGUGGCUGUCUUGGCGACCGACGACGAAUACGGCCGCCAGGCUUUGGAGAUCUUUGUGCAGCUGGCCCUCUCUAAGGAUACGUGCAUCGCGUACGAGGCCAUCCUCCCGAGUGCCCUGGUGAAAAGAGAGAGGCAGGAACAGUUGACCAAGAUCACCAGCCAACUGGUGGCAUCCCGCAUCAACACCACCGUAGUCUUCGCGCAACGCAGCAAAGCCGAGGAGCUGAUGGUGGCCGUGCUCGAAAAAGGAAUCGCUGGCAAAGUGUGGAUCGCCAGCGAGUGCUGGGCAACCUCGGCCGCCACUGGGCUCAUUCCAAACUUGGCCAGUUUGGGCACUAUUAUUGGGAUAGGGGUGAAAAGCGGGAGAAUGCCUGGCUUCCUAGAAUAUGUACAACGCAUCCUAGCUGGUCCUGAGCAAGGUGGGAAUAGCUCCGUCGUUGACCAGGGACACAAGCAGUGUCCUGAAUGUCGGGGCUUGACUCCUGCUAACCUCUCAGAUAUUGUCCACAACACUAAGUUCCGUGGAACGUUCAAUGUCUACAAAGCUGUCUAUGCUGUUGCCCAUGCACUGCAUCGGCUGCUCCAGUGCAACGCUACAAGCCAGAAAUGCAGCAGGGACCAUGAGGUCUAUCCUUGGCAGUUGCUGGAAGAAAUAGCCAAGGUAAAUUUCACUGUCGAAUCACAGCCGGUCUAUUUCAACAACGGCAAUCCGCCCACGGGCUACGACCUGGUUCACUGGAGCUGGACGAAAACCCGCAACUUCGAGUUUGUUUCUAUUGGCAGCUACGACACUUUGCAACACAAGCUCACGCUGGAUGAGUCAAAGAUCCAGUGGCACACAACAGAUAAAAAGGCUCCAGUAUCCAGAUGUUCCCAGGACUGCAUGCCAGGCCAAAAGAGGCAUUUAAGAGGCGAACACAACUGCUGCUAUCAGUGUGAAGACUGUCCGUCAGGGUAUUUCCAGGAUAAAAAUGAUCCAAGCGAAUGUAUCCAGUGCCCCAAGCACCAAUGGUUUCUUGAGGAGAACAUUACGUGCCAGGAUAGGACCGUCGAGUACUUGGAGGUGACCGAUCUACUCCCUGUCAUCAUGCUGGUCCUGACUACGUUAGCCCUGACUCAGAUGGCUGCCAUCGCUGGCAUUUUCGCCAAAUACAGAAGCACCCCGGGGAUGCGCUAUAUUGGCAGCCUCCCGACUUCCCUGAUCAUCCUCUCUUCGACUUGCUUAUGCAGCAGCUGCUGCUUCUUCGUGAUCAAGCCUUCCCUUUGGGUCUGCCAGUUCCGGCAGCCUUUCUUUUUCCUCAGCUUCACCGUGGGCUUGGCAACGUUGCUCGGGAAGGUCACGCAAAGCUCCGGUCUCGACCGAACCCUGAAGAGCCCUUUGCUGAAGAGAUAUUUGCUGGCCCUGAGCGUGCUCGUCAACACAGCUGUCCAAAGUCUCCUCUGCGUCUUCUGGUAUCUGUGGAACCCUCCAUCCUUGGAGGAGAACACCGACAUAGAACGAAGCAUCCUGCUGCAAUGCCAAGACGUGUCUUUCCCAGGCUUCGGCCUGCUCCUCGCUUAUGACUACUGCUUGGUUGUCGUCGUCUGCCUCUGCUCCUUCUGGGGAAACGGCUCACAGCAGGCCCGCGAUAGAGCCAGCAAAUCCGUCAGGUUCACCACGGUCUUGAUCAUCAUCAUCUGGACCCUCUUCGUGCCCACGUAUGCCACUUCCCAAGGAAAGUUCGUCUCCUUGUUCCAGGUGUUUGCGGGCCUCGCGAGCGUCUUCGCCAUUUUUGGCUCCUGCUACUACCAGGCGUGCUAUAUUGUGCUCUUUGCACCCCACAUGAAUACCGACAGCUAUUUCUACUGCUUGCCUCAGAGUCCUCCUGUUGAGGAUGAGUCCAACACUGAAGAAAUCAAGUAA